AUGUCUACUACAUUGAUUUCAUCACUUGAUACACUACCUGUUGAACUUAUUCAUCAAAUAUUCAAUAGUCUCGAUGAACAGACAAUUAUUCUUUCACUUCGUUAUGUCUGUAAACGAUUCUAUACGAUUACAAAUGUUUAUGAUUGUUAUAAACUUAAUUUUCAAUCAAUAUUAAAAUCAAAUUUUGAUCGCAUUUGUCGAUUUAUUCAACCAGAAAAUGUGAUUUCACUGACACUUUCUGAUGAACAUACGACAACAGAUCAAAUUCAAUUAUUUUUAUCGUUAUUUCGUGUUGAACAUUUUACAAAACUUUGUUCAUUGACACUUAUUGAUAUUAAAGAACAUGAUUUAAAACAAAUUCUUCGACAUGUUACUAAUUGUAAGCUUAUUUCAUUAUCAAUUAAACAGAAAGAUACUUAUAAUCGUUCAAAAAUAACUAAUCGUCUUCUUUCAACAAUUCUUCAACAACCUAGUCUUCAAAAAUUAACAAUGAAUGUUAUAGAACAUGAUACUGAUAAAUUAUAUUGGCCAAUACAAUAUAGAAUACAAUAUUUAACAUUAUUCAAUUGUUAUUCAAAUCAUCUUUCGAUUAUUUUUCAUCAUUUUUCUUGUCUACAAAAAUUAUUUAUUAAUUAUUGUUAUUUAAUUGAUUAUGAUGGACCAAUUAUUAAAAUCUCUAAUCUUAUACCAAUGCAACAAUUAAUUUCACUUACAAUGGAAAAUUCUAGUUUUGAUAUGGAUAAAAUUGAAAUAAUUCUUUCAAAUACACCUUCAUUGAUACAUCUUCGAUUGAUUGGUGAUGUAGAUCGAUUUGAUUUUCCAUGGGAACAAUUUAUUCAAACAAAAUUAUUAAUGUUAAAUAAAUUUGAAUUUGUUUUUAAUAAGAAAGUCGAUACUGAUUAUCGUUCGAUCAAUGGUCAACAAUUGAUAGCUUCAUUUCAAACAGUAUUUUGGCUUGAAAUCAAACAUUGGUUUGUUAAAUGUGAACUUAUUCGACAUGCAUCACCUGAUUUUCGAUAUCUAGAUAAUGAAAUACGACUCUAUUCAAUACCUUAUAUUGGUCGUCAUUUUGAAUAUCAUCUAAAUUCGAAUAUAAUUACAUUUUCGACUUUAACUGAAAUGAAUAAUGAUACAACAAUGAUGCAUCAUGUACAAAGUGUUCGUUUAGAAACAAAAGAACUAAUGACUGCAAUUACCGAAAAACAGAAUAUGCCAUCUAUAACACGAUUAUUUCAUCAAGCAUCUGAUCUCGAUAUUCGAAUUGAUGGCACUUGGUCAAUUGAUUGUGUUCAUCUGAUCUCGACACUAAUCGAUUUGUCACAACUUAGAAAGCUCAAAUUGAUUGAUAAAUUUGAUGAAGAUUCUUCUCAAAUCAUGACGACAAAUUACUUAAAAAUAUUCGAGCAAGCAUACAAUGUUCGUUCACUCAUUAUUAUUAUUCCUUGGCUUACUAAGACUGAUACCAAGAUCACAAAUCAGUUAUGCUCCAUGAUUCCUAGUCAUAUUGCACAUCUGAAAAUUGAUGUUAGAUCAAUGAAGGAUAUGAAAAUCGUACUCGAACGUGUUGAUCAUUUGUCAAGUGUUACAUUUCGAUUUUUCAAUAGUAAAUCUACUCGGCAAACAAAAAUCAUUGAAUGGAUUUCAGAUCGAAGAGAUUUAACAUAUUGUAAAGAAUCUGAUGAACUACGUAUAUGGCUUGGUAUGAAAAAAACGAAUGUGCCACAAUGA